AUGUUUGGCAGCACGUCCCCUUUUGGGGCAGCAGCAACAGGGCAGAGUCUCUUUGGAUCGCAGCAGCCGCAGCAGCAGCAGCAGCAGCCUGCUGCUGUAGGGAGUCUCUUUGGUGCUGCAGCACAAACACAACCCGCAGGAACUUCUCUAGGCACAGGUCUGUUUGGACAGCAGCAGCAGCCUAGCGGUGGGGGCCUCUUUGGUAGUUCUGUGGGUACAGGAGGGGGCCUCUUUGGGGGUCAGCAGCAGCAGCAGCAGCCGCAGCAGCAGCAGACAACAGGAUUCUUUGGUGGUGGUGCUGCUAACACGGGUGCAGCAGCAGCAACAGGAGGAAGUUUAUUUGGUGGUGGUAGUGUCUUUGGUCAGCAGCAGCAGCAGCCACAGCAGCAGCAAGGUGUAUUAUUUGGUAGUACACCUGCAGCAGCAGCAGCAACAGGGUUUGGACAGCAGCAGCAGCCAGCAGCAGCAGGAGGCCUAUUUGGCAGCAGCAGCAACAAAUUUGGUCAACCGCAGCAGCAGCAGACCACUGGUGUAUUUGGCAGCACAGCAGCAGCAGCACCAGCAGCAGCAGGAUCUCUAUUUGGUGGUGCAGCAACAGCCUUUGGGCAGCAGCAGCCGCAGCAGCAGCAGCAGACCACUGGUCUAUUCGGCAGCAGCAGCACAACAGGAUCUACAGGACUAUUUGGACAGCCGCAGCAGCAGCAGCAGACCACUAAUCUAUUCGGCAGCAGCAGCAGCAGCAACACAGCAGCAACAGGGGGACUCUUUGGUGUCUCCAAUAGUACUAAUGCACUUGGUCAAUCGUCUACAUCUCCGUUUGGUGUAUCCUCGUUAUCUGCUGCUGCUACACCUCAGCAGCAGCAGCAGCAGCAGCAAAUUAUGCUGCUGCUGCAGCAACCCUUCCGUCCUUAUAAUACAGAGGAUGGCAAUGUUAUGUCAAUAUGCCAUGGGGAGUUGGCGAAGAUAUCCCUAGAGGAAAUAAGAUGGACUUAUUACCAGCAGCAGCAGCAGCAGCAGCAGCAGCAGCAAGGGGGACUUGCUGCUGCUGCUGCUCCUGCUGCUGGCGCUGCUCCUGGUACCACUGGGGCCACAGGGGGACUCUUUGGGGCCCCUGCAGCAGCAACUACGGGUAUUGGAGGAGGGGGCCUAUUUGGCAGCAGCAGCAACAGUCUGCUGCAGCAGCAGCAGCAACCAGCAGCAGCAGCAAAUACAACAGGAGGAUUGUUUGGUGCAGCAGCAGGAACUACAGGCUUUGGUACAGGAGGGGGAAUAUUUGGUGCUGCAGCGCAGCAGCAGCAGCAACCGCAGCAGCAGCAGCAAGGGGGAUUAUUUGGCAGCAAUACAACAGCAGCAACACCAGCAGCAGGAGGGGGACUCUUUGGCAGCAGCAGCAGCAGCAGCACAGGAUUAGGUGCUGCUAAUACAGGUCUGGGGCUAUUUGGUAGACCAGCAGCAGCACCAGCAGCAACAGCAGCAACAGGAACCUUUGGUGCAGCAGGCAGCAGCGGCGGUCUAUUUGGUGCUGCAGCACAAAACCCUAGCAGCAGCAGCGGGGGUUUAUUAGGCAGCAGCAGCACAACAACAGGUGGCCUAUUUGGGCAGCAGCAGCAGCAGCAGCAGCAGCCUAGUGGGGGCCUCUUUGGUGGGUUUGGUGCUGCAGCAGGAGGGACAACCAAUACAGGACUAGGGGGUACAGGAGGGGGCCUCUUUGGCAGCAGCAGCAACACGCAGCAGCAGCAGCAGCAGCAGCAGCAAGGAGGAGGCCUAUUAAGUGGUGGCUUAUUUGGUGCUAAGCCUGCAGGUGCUGCUGCUGCUACUGGUGGUGGUCUGUUUGGCAGCAGCAGCAGCAACAACAGCAGCAACAGCAGCAGCACCGGUGGGGGCCUCUUUGGGUCCCUUAAGCCAGCAACAGCAACAGCAGCAGGAGGAUUAGGGUCUACAGCAGCAGCAGGAGGAGGGGGCCUAUUUGGUGCUGCUGCUGCACCUCUAGGCAGCAGCAACAACACUGCAGCAGGAGGGGGCCUCUUUGGGGGCCUCGGCAGCAAACCAGCAACAACAGCAACAGGAGGGGGCCUCUUUGGUGGUCUUGGGUCUACUACUAGCAGCAGCGGGGGCCUCUUUGGCAGCAGCAGCAGCAGCAGCAACCCGCAGCAGCAGCAGCAGCAAUCUGGUGGCUUAUUUGGAUUAGGUGGCUUAGGGGGUGCUACACAGACACCGCAGCAGCAGCAACAGCAGCAGCAGCAACAGUUGCUGCUGUCCUCAGGGGCCCCUGCUGGCAGUAGCAUACUAGGGUUAGGGGGUGUACUGGGGGCCCCCCAGAUAACGGUACAGAUUAUGUUAUCUGCUGCAGCAGGGGGGGGCCCCAUGCUGCAGCAGCAACCAGUUAGCAGCAUUGGAGACACUUGCUCCUUUAGGGGCCCCCCUCUGCCUCUUCCUCAAUUAACAAGGAGACACAGACGGUAUAGUGCUGCUGCUGCAGCAGCAGGAGGGCUGCAGCAGCUGCCGCUUACUGCAGCAGCAGCAGCAGGACUGAGUGCCUCUUUCUCUUUGCCGCAGCAGUUUCUGGUGCCGCAGCAGCAGCUGCUGCAGCUGCUUAAUGUAUCUUCUGCUGACAGCAGCAGCAGCAGCAGACGCAAUGGCUGGCUUGCUCAGACAAUCCACAGAUCUCUGUCUGCAGCACAACAACAGCAGCAGCAGCAACAACAGCAGCAGCAGCAGCAACUGCUGCCUCUAUCUACUAGGGACUAUGAGCUGCUGCAGCGGUUGCAGGAAUCAGGAGGAGGCCCCCCCCCUAAUCGUCCUCGUAUAGAGGAUGAGGAUGCACUGCAGCAGCAGCAGCAGCAGGAGACACGAGACGAUGGCUCCCAGCAGCAGCAGCAACAGCAGCAGCAGCAUCAGCAGCAGCAUGAGGAUACAAAGGAUAAUAAUGAUGGUGUUUCUGGUAGUAGCGGCGAGAUAAUUGGUCGUGUUGCUGCAGCAGCAGCAGCUGCAGCAGCAGCAGCAGCAACAGAAGCAGUAGUAUCUCUCCGAGGUUCCCAGAACGACCUAACAGCAGCACCAAACAGCAACAGCAGCAGCAGCAGCAGCAGCAGCAGCAACAGGAGCAGCAUGAUGAAUGUAGGCCCUAUACCCCCCCCCUUAUCACCAGUCUCUAGAAUGAAAAAGGAGACCAUCACCGACCCCACCAGCAGCACCACGACCAUCAUUAGCAGCAGCAGCAGCAGCAGCAUCAGCAGCAGCAGCAGCAAUAAUAAUAUUAACAAGAAACUAAUUGAAUAUAGGGAAAAAGUACGUAAAUAUACAGAAAAGAUUGGAUGUAAGUUUAUAUCUUUUGAUCUUUUUAAUUUCAAUUGGACAUUUGAGGUCCAACAUUUCUCUGUAUAUACUUUUCUUAAUCAAGAAGAAGAAGAAGAAGAAGAGGAAGAAAAAGAACAAGAAGAACAAAGGAGACGAGCUGCUGCUGCUGCUCCUGAUUCUCCUGAUUCUCCUGAUUCUCCUGAUUCUCCUGAUGGUCCUGGUGGUGGUUGUACUAUUGGUUCUGUAGAUGUUGUUGUUGGGGUAGGAGGAGAUGGAGGGAGAGCAGCAGCAGCAGCAACAGCAGCAACAGCAGCAGCAGCAGGAGGAGGAGGAAGAGGAAGAGGGGAUACAACAGAUGAUGCAGAAGCAGAUAAUGUUGCUGCAUUUGCUGCUGCUGCUCCUGUUGGCUCAUUACCUCCUAAGGAAUUAUCUAUGCAUAUACAGAGGGCUCGUAUCCUUCGUUCUGCCCCACAGGCACUUCUUGCUGCUGUUGCACAUCAGCAGCAGCAGCAGCAGCAGCAGCAGCAGCAACAACAGCAGGGGUUACAGUUUAUUCGUGCUGCAGCAGAUGGUGAUGUACACAAGAAACAGCAGCAGCAACUGCAGCAGAGAGAAACAAACAAAGCAGCAACAGAGAUACAGCAAAUUAAUACAAUUGAUGGUGCAGCAAAACAAGACUACCCUUCUGCUGCUCCUGCUGCUCCUGCUGCAGGAGGUGCAUUUGCUGCUGCUGCUACUCCUUGGCUACGAAGGCCUCCCUUCCCUGUUCGUUGUGCUCCUGCCUUUGGUCCUAAUGGUCUCCUUGCUCUCCCUGUAUUUAGACCCCCACAAGAAUCUGCUGCAGCAGCAACAGCAGCAACAGCAGCAGCAGCAGCAGGAGACAGCUGUGGGGCCUAUGAGCUGUCUGUGCUGCAGCUGUCUCCUUUGCUGCAGCCGUCAACAAACCCUCGAGGGUUUGUAUGGCCGCAACCUUUUGCUAAGGAAGCAGCAGAUGCCAUUUCUGCUGCUGCUGCUGCAGCAGCAGCAGCAGCAAACCAAUGCAGCAACAACAGCAACAGCAGCAGCAGCAGCACGGGAGCACCUUGGACAGCUGGGGAGGUACCAAGACCUGAGGCGUUGCAUGCAGAAACAGAAUUAGCAGCAGAAGAAGCUGUAGAGACAGCAGCAAGAGACUAUGUUGCUGCUAGCAGCAACAGCAGCAACAGCAGCAACAGCAGCAGCAGCAACAGCAGCAACAAGAUUCUUGAGGAGGAAGGGGUACAAUCUGUCUCCGAUCUAAAGGAAGGUUUGCUGCUGCAUCUAUUUAAGUCUGGGGUGUCUGUACACCGCGGUCUUGCUGCUGAUGCUGCUGCUGCUGCAGUAGGCAUUAUUGUUGAUUUGCUGCAGGAGACAGAGGAGACAGUGUCUCCUCAGCUGCUAGAUCUAAUGCAGCAAGACGAGCAGCAAGAGGAACAGCAGCAGCAGCAGCAAACGUCUGGAAGCGUUAAGGACCGGUUGCUGCUGCGGCUGUUGGAUUUCUUUAAGCAGCAAAAUGAUUACUACUCGGGCAGCGGCGGUGCUGCUGUGUUCCCCCCUAUGUCUCCAUGGGUUCCUCCUGCUGCUGCUGCUGCUGCUGCUGCUGCUGCUGGUGAUGCAGCAGCAGCAGAAGAAGAAGCAGCAGCAGCAGCAGGAGAUGGAGGAGACAGCAGGAGAUACUCACAAGUAUCUUAUCUGUCUCCUUAUAUGCUGCAGACAUGGCGGCUGCUGGUGGCGCUGCUGCUAGAGCCAAGUCCUAAGCAGCAGCAGCAGCUGCAGCUGCUGCAUGCAGGCAGCAGCAGCAAAGAUUUUAGUGCAUCUUUUGCUGCUGCUGUAGAGAGACAGAGGCAGCAGCACGUGCUGCAGUGGUUAAUAGAGGAGGGGCGUCCUUUGCUGCUGAGUUUCUUACGACGAGCACAAUUAGCUACACAGCUGCAGCAGCAGCAGCAGCAACUGCAGCAGCAGCUGCUGCUGCGCAAUAGGGACCUCUUCUUAUCCUGCAGCAGCAGGGCCUUAUUGGAGGCAAUUGCUGCUGCUGGCGAAUUGCGCAGAUUUGCUGCUCUGCUGCACCUCCUUGCUAAUGGACACGAAGGGGCCUAUUAUCCGCAUAUGGCCUUAGCUGUUGCUGCACACAUGCAGCAACCAUUAGGCAGCCAGGCAUCAGCACUGCCGCAGCCUCCUCGUGAAGUUCGUCGGGUGUAUAGACUGCUAGGAGGUGCUCCCCCUCCUGCUGCUGCUGCUGCUGCUGCUGCUGGUGUCCGUAAGCUGCGCUGCACCGAAGGAGAGACACAAGAUGCAUCCAAUAGAAAAGCAGCAGCAGCAACAGCAGCAACAGCAGCAGACGCAGCAGCAGCAGCACCAAAACAAACAAAAAAAGCAGCAGCAACAACAGCAACAGCAGGAGGAGAAGAAGAAGGAGAUGGAUCAUCAUGUACAGCAACAGCAGCAGCAGCAGCAGCAGAAUUAUGGGCAGCAGAUGCCCCUUUCUUAGAUUGGCGUAGCGAGCUUGCUGCUGCGCUGCUGUAUGAGAAGGAGACAGGUUUGCUGCUGCUGUCUCCUUUAUUAAUAAAAGAAGAAUUAAGAUCUCCUCCUCAGGCUUAUGAUGCACCUAGGGACCUAAAAAGGCAGCAGCGAGAGACACAGUACAUGCAGCAGGAACUUAAGAAGCAGCAGCAGCAGCAGCAGCAGAAACUGCAGCAGCAGCAGCAGCAGCAUUGCCAGCAGCUGCUGAGUGAGGAACAGUAUGAUAUGCAAUUUGCUCUGUUAAGUCCCCAUCGUUAUUCUCCUUUCCCUCUUGAUGUCUUCUUAUCAUGGAUUAUUGGAUCUAUACAAUGCAUGCAUUAUGCAGCAGCAGCAGCAGCAGCAGCAGCAGCAGGAACAGCAACAGCAACAGCAGCACAUAUACAACAGCAGCAGCAGUUGCUGCUGCAGCAACAUCAGCAAGAAUUAGAUUGGUUACCUGAUAAGGAAUGGGUUGCUGCUGCACUGCCACGCAGCAAGCAGCAAAAUAUAACUUUGCUGCUGCAGCAGCAGCAGCAGCUAACAGCAGCAUUUGCUGAGCAGCUAGAGGCAGCUUUUAUUUAUUUAGAUGCAUAUAGGCAUGCUGCUGCUGCUCCUCAAGGAUUCCUUGCUUCUGCUGCAGGGAAGAAAGCACUUGCUGCGCUGCAGCAGCACUUCCCUGUGCAGCAGGAGCAGCAGCAGCUGCUGCAGUCUGCUGCUGCUGCACUACUUAAGGCCCUUCCUUCAUUCCUUCAUCGUUUGCUGCUCGUGCUGCAGCAGAGACAGCAGCAAAUCUUGCUGCAUGGUUGUACAUACAGCAGCAGCAGCAGCAGCAGCUCUUCCCGCCAAUCAAUCCGCAGGCCGGUGCAGCAGCAGCAGCAGCAGGAAUGGGGAGCAGCAGCAGCAGGUGUCUGCAGCAGCUCCUUAUCCCCUGAGGAACAGAUGCAGCUAGUACUAGGGGCAAUAGAUCUUUGCUGCUCGCAGCAGCUGCUGCUGCAGCAGCAGCAGAAGCUGCGCUGCUGCAGCGCAUGCAUUAGAUGGAUGCUAGAUGCUUAUCAUUUACCGUCACCCAAUGAGGAGAAACACACCGUAGAGAAGGGAUUGCAGCAGCAGCAGGAGCAGCAGCAGCAGCAGCUGCUGCUGCAGCAGCUAGCAGCACUGCUGCAGCAACCAUCUAGCAGCACAGAGGCAGAGAGGAGAUGUUGGGCAUCUAUACAAACUGCCCUUGUAGAGGCUCGUGAGCAGCAGUGCUGCUGA